GUCGCUACGUCAUCCAAUUUAGUUAUCUCCCUCGCUCUCUCUCGUUCCCUGGAAUUUCUGUUGUGCUGCGAAUCUAGGUUUAUGAGCAGUAGCAGGAGUAAUGUCGUCCAUUUCUCUCUCGUUCUCUUCCUCUCUCCUCCGCUCUCCUCUCCACCAACGCCGACACAAGCGCAGCGCCCCCUUUCCCACCAUCCAAUUGCACAGAUGCCCACCCUCUAAUCCCAACUUCGUCUUUCGCUGUGCAUCAGCCGCCUCUUCUUCUUCGUCUCCGACUGCGAGUACUGUACAAAAGAAGAGGCAUUGGAAGGUGGGCGAAUACCCUGGAGUGUCCGAGUCCUCAAGCCCCAGAAAUCCAAGCGAAAGGUCUAAGAGUACCCCUAUCAAGAACAUCAAGAAGAAGCUGGAUCGCAGGAACAAUGCUAAGGCCUGGGCUAACACCGUCACUGAAGCCCUUUCCGACCGUAUCCAGAAGAAACAAUGGCUCCAAGCCCUUGAGGUAUUUGAGAUGCUCAAGGAACAGCCAUUUUAUCAACCAAAAGAAGGCACUUAUAUGAAGCUCCUUGUUCUGCUUGGGAAAUGUGGCCAACCGCAACGUGCCCACCAACUGUUUGACACAAUGCUUGAAGAAGGGUUAGAACCCACUUCGGAGCUUUACACUGCCUUGCUUGCUGCUUAUUGUAGAAGCAAUCUCAUUGAUAAGGCUUUCUUAAUUCUUGAUAAAAUGAAGACACUGCCUCUUUGCCAGCCUGAUGUUUAUACUUACAGUAUCCUGAUUAAGGCUUGUGUUGAUGCUUCUCGAUUUGACCUGGUUGAGUCAAUGUAUGAUGAAAUGGGUGAACGAUUAAUAACUCCAAACACCGUCACCCAGAACAUAGUCUUGAGCGGCUAUGGGAAGGCUGGAAAAUUAGACCAGAUGGAGAAGGUGCUUUCAGGGAUGCUUGAGAGCACCACAUCUAAGCCAGAUGUUUGGACAAUGAACUCUAUUCUCAGCUUGUUUGGUCACAAGGGUCAAAUUGAGAUGAUGGAAAAAUGGUACGAGAAAUUUCGAAAUUUUGGUAUCGAACCUGAAACCCGUACUUUCAAUAUUCUAAUUGGUGCAUAUGGGAAGAAACACAUGUAUGACAAAAUGUCAUCGGUGAUGGAGUACAUGCGCAAAUUGUCAUUUCCUUGGACAACAUCAACUUACAACAAUGUGAUUGAAGCAUUUGCAGAUGCUGGUGAUGCCAAACAUAUGGAAUACACAUUCAACCAGAUGCGUGCAGAGGGUAUGAAGGCGGACACCAAGACUUUCUGCUGUCUUAUUAAAGGAUAUGCAAAUGCAGCCCUUUUUCAUAAGGUUAUUGGCACUGUCCAGUUGGCUGGGAAGUUGGAGAUACCUGAAAAUACCUCAUUCUAUAAUGCUGUUAUUUUUGCUUGUGCAAGGGCACAGGAUUUGAUGGAGAUGGAAAGGGUAUUCGAGCGAAUGAAAGCCAAGCAGUGCAGACCAGAUUCCACAACUUUCUCUAUCAUGGUAGAAGCAUAUAGAAAGGAAGGAAUGACCAACAAGAUUUAUGAGUUGGAGCAAGAAAAACAGCUUAUAGAUGUUAGUGAUCCUAAUAAUGAGGGCCUUGAAAUGGAGACUUACAGUUGAUGUGUGAUUGAGGUAUAAGAGAAGCAGUCUAGGUAAAGCGGUAUUUCAAAUGCUACUGGGAGAUUAAUUGUUAUCAACGAAACCAAUGUCAAUCAGGUCAUCGAGUUCACAAUUGGGAAGAUAGUGCAAUUUUUGCCGGCAGCCUGAUGUCUGUUUCGGAACAUCCAGACAUCAUGUACAUAGAGCACACUGCAAUGUUGAAUGUAGUGAUGCUCUUCCAACUUAGAAUCAUUAUCAAUGUUGAAGGGAAAAAUGUACUCAAAUCAUAGCUUACUGGUUUGAGCACAGUUUGAACAGUUUAAGCGAGUUGAGCUAUAGUCCAAGAAUAUUGGUUUUGAAAGUGUCACUAUUGGUUCUUUGGCUAAUUAUCCAGAUUACUGCAACUUGUUCUGGCCACCCCUGGUUGGGUUUCUUAAAUAAUGUUUGAAGUAAGUGUCAUUUUUUGUGUCACACAAUUUGCGAUUUUUUUGCAGUAGCUUGGUUUGUUCAUUUGAUGUACUUUUUCUUUAAUUUUAUAUUACAUGGUUUUGGUAUA